AUGCCUCCGCGACAACCACCACUCUGCCACUUAACCGAAAAUCUCUGCCAGUUCCUCGCCUUGGUCAACGGCCGCCAGUCGCUGGUCCCGCACAGACGGCUCAACUCGGUGUCGGCCAGAUUUUCGUCACUUGAAUCGGAGUCUCUGGUCUCGAGAUUCUCUUGUUGGCGGACGCCGGUCACGAAGGACCCUCCGACGACGCCGGACACGAUGGCAGAGCAGGGAGGAGUUUCGGCCGGACUCGCUCGUCGCGGAUAUUGGCGGAGGUGGCCGACGGGACAGGCGGCGAUUUUCAAUGGUUGGAUAAUUGCAGCGGCGGCCGGUCUGCGGCAGAACUUCGCGGUGGAGGAGGAGCUCAGAGGCGGCGAGUUCAACGGUGGAGGCUCAGAGCUCACCAUUUCCGGCAGCGAUGCGGCAGAUGAUGGAGGUGUAGCUGUGGACGUCCGUGAGGCACAGUGCCGACAGGAGCGGGGUGACUGCGCCACCUUGAAAAUCCGGCGAAAAUGA